AUGGCUGAACCACUGAAUUUACAGGCGGACAUUGAGAGAGCUAUUGAGCUUCUUGACAACUUGCUGAAAUGCCCCGAUUUACAACCGGCAAAAUUAGCUUCACUCCAAAGAAUCCUUCAGUCCGACUUCUUUAGUAUGGUCAGGGAAGUGUAUGAGCAUAUCUACGAAACCGUUGACGUCUCAAGUUCUGAGAGCGUCAGGGCAAGUGCCACAGCGAAAGCCACUGUUGCUGCUUUCGCGGCGAGCGAAGGUCAUGCACAUCCCAGAGUUGUGGAGUUGCCCAAAACGGAGGAAGGUCUUGGUUUUAAUGUGAUGGGGGGCAAAGAGCAGAAUUCACCCAUCUACAUCAGUCGUGUCAUCCCGGGUGGUGUUGCUCAUCGUCAAGGCAAACUCAAACGCGGUGAUCAACUUCUCUCGGUGAAUGGCAUUUCCGUCGAGAAUGAGAACCAUGAGAGAGCUGUUGAGCUUCUAAAAUCAGCUCAAGGUACUGUGCGGCUUGUUGUGCGUUACACACCAAAGGUUUUGGAUGAAAUGGAGGCGAGGUUUGACAAACAAAGGACGCGACGGAGGGCUAAUUAG